ACUACUACUUUAAAAUGUCCAAUCGAGGAGGACCCAAUUCAUCCAUGGCAAGCACUGAUUGGUCAAGUGAGAUUAUUCCGAGCAUAGACUCUUAUGAUGGCAAAGUCUUACUUGCCGCCAUUAUAUCUCUUCUCCUUGUAAUUCUUUUUGUUCUGUUACUCCAUAUCUACACAAGAUGGUGGUUACUCAAACAAGCCCAUCGACAGCAGAGCCGUUCGAUUUCUUUAUCUCAUGUAUUGGGUCCUACCCGAUUGAAUCAUGUCCGUACAUUGGCAUACCAUGAUGAUCCUUCUUAUUUUGGUUGUUCAUCCCCUGAAUCUGAUGGUGUUGAUGCUUCAAUCAUUGCAGCUCUCCCAAUCUUUGAAUAUAAGAAUAAUGGUUAUUUAGAGUGUGUGAUUUGUUUGAGUGUGUUUGAAGAGAAUGAUUUGGGGAGAAUUCUUCCUAUGUGUCACCAUGCUUUUCAUGUUGAGUGUAUAGAUAAGUGGUUGCAAUCUCACUCGAGUUGUCCAAUUUGUAGAGCUUCAGUGGCAUUGGAUAAGUCAAUCGGAGGAAUCACACCGUCGAUCACCACCACCACCACCACUACCGGUGUUCAACCCUUGGAGGAGAGCCGAGAUGCUUCACCGGAGAUGAUAUCUGGUGAGUCCAUCACUGUACAAGAAAGACCCACUACUUUGGAUGUUCUGAUAGAACUACCACUUGAUCCAAACAGAGAAGUUCUUAGAGAUAUUUCACCCCCACCACCACCACCACCUCCACCGCCACCACCACCGCCACCGCCACCGCCACCGCCAGUGCCAGUUUCAUCAUCAUCAUCAUCUUUAGGUUUCUCAUUGAAGAGAAUGUUGAGUAGGAAUAGAUCAGAAUGUAAGGUGUUUCCAUCAUCUAAUUUGAACGAGUGUACUGUUUGA